AUGCAUGGUUGGAUUUUUAUAAAAGAAUAUGGUAAAGAAAAUAGCAAUGAAAGCCUACUCUCAAUAAGACUGCCUCAUCCAAGGACAGGUCAAGCAGUGAGGUACAUUCUUCAAGACCAGACACUAUUAGAAAUUCGUAAACUUGACUGUGAAAGUCAGAGAUCGUGGUUCAUAGGUAGCACUGUUCAAAGCGAUGGAAGUCUUUUUUGUCUUACCCCAAUCGACCCGUUAUUUGUCUUAAUACCAAUACUUGACACUUGUCGAAGAAAGACAUCAGAUUCAAACGGAUUAUUUAUACCCUUGGAAGAUAUUCUCGAUGGAGAACAGUAUCCUAGUUUGCCAAAACUAUCUGUUCUCAACAACAUUGAGAAAUAUGUAGGGUGGGUGUGUGAUUGUCAAGUCAUGAACUCUGGAAAAGUUGUAUUUCGAUUAAAUGAUGAGAAAGUCAUGGCUUGGCUUAAAUUGAAAAUAUCUCAUAUAUUGUCCAAUUUUGAUUCGUUUAACAGUCUAAAGCAACUGAUACAACACAUGAACAACGAUUCGAUAGAUGAUCGACUUCAAAAAGAGAUUCGAUUAAAAGCAACAAUAGAAAUAGUCAUGGAGUAUUUACCUCUACUUUGGAGAGAAAGGCUUAUGGCAGUAUAUAACUUUGAUGCUCUUGGAAGAUUGGAAGUAUCGAACACGCAAAUAGCGGAUAAUCCCGCUGACUAUUAUGCCAGAAAGACAAUGCGGAAGGAAGUCCUCCCUCCCAAGGGACCACCAACGAAGAAACAGAAGCUAUCAACUGGUCAAGCUGUUUUAGCAAAAGCUAAUAUCAAAGGAAUGAAGAAACUGACUACGUUCUUUGCAAAAAAAUAA